AAUCAAGUGUCCGGAUGGUGUGGCUGCGGAAUGCUGAUGUGUGCUCCCGGCUGCCCUGGUUCCGUACACUGAGCGCCGUCUGAUCAUGCCUUUCUACCGCACCUGGGAGGAGUUCGCCCGGGCCGCCGAGAAGCUCUACCAGGCCGACCCCAUGAAGGUUCGAGUGAUGCUGAAGUACAGGCACUGUGACGGGAUUUUACGGAUUAAAGUCACAGAUGACGUAGUGUGUUUACUCUACAGCACGGAUCAAGCUCAGGACGUGAAGAGGAUCGAGAAAUUCCACAGUCAGCUGAUGCGACUAAUGGUUGCUAGGGAAUCCCGCAGCGCUACCAUGGAAACUGACUGAGUGUCUCCAGCCCGGAGGGAAAAGAAGAAUGAAUCAGUCAUCUGAUUUUUAUUUUUUCAUUUUUUUUUUUUUUAUUUCUCAGUGGUCCACCAGAAAUAUGACUGAUUAUAAAAUAAAAAAAAGCGUAAAAACCUAUUUAUCAUAAAAAAAAAAAAAGCAAAAAUCUAGAGAGGCUGGAAGUUCUCUGCUUUCACAUAAAAGCAGCUAUUUAUUUUUGGAAAUUGAUGAGGAAAUUCUCCUGUGGAUGCUUCACCACUGGAAUAAGUGAGAAUUCGACCGUGUGUGAAGAUUUUUUUUUUUUUUUUUUGCAGAAAAGGCUUGUUGGACCUUUAAUUUCCAGGUAUAUUUUUCCACAACAUUAGGCUACAUGCACACGAAUGUUGUUUGUUUCAGUGUCCAUUUUUGCGGAUAGAAUGCGGACAGCGCCCCGUCUGUCCUAUUCUUGUCCGUUUAGAGCAUUUGUUGCAAUGGAUCCACCAGAAAAACGGAUCUGCAAUUUGCGGACCUCAAAACUCAUACGGUCGUGUGCAUGUAGCGCUUAAACUGUAUGUAAAAAAAAAUCAUGUAUCUUAAAUCCACCUUUCCCUGUUGUGUACGUGCUCUCUUAGCAUUUAGGGUGGCGGUCUGGGCCUCGUGGAGAUGGGGUACCUAAGCUUGGACUCUCUUGAGAGGCUUUCAGUCCAGCAGGUGUCGACUGGAAAGUUUGGAAUAGUUUUAUCGUUUUCAAUAAAUAUGGAUCUUCACGA